AUGGCUCUAAGGCCACUACCACCUGCUUUGAAGAAGAUAGCUGAGAAAGAACUGAAUGAGAAACCAAAAAGAGUGAAGUCUGAUCUUCUAGCUAUAAGAGAAUGGCUCAGAAAACAACCACAUCUUCAAUCGGUACAACCAACGGAUCAAUGGCUGAUAGGAUUUUUGCGCGGUGGGAAAUACAGUCUUGAAAGAGCCAAAGAGAAGUUGGAUAUGUAUUACACUUUAAAAUCCGUUAUACCGGAAUUUUUCGCAAAUAGAGAUCCCAGCGGAGCUAAGGUUCAAGAAAUACUUAAACUCGGAGCGUUUCUACCAUUGAAGAAUUGCGCUGGAGAAGAUGCGCCUCGAAUAAGUAUAGUAAGGGUUGGGGUCUUUGACCCUUCGAAGUACCACCUGUCUGACUUAAUUAAGACAGCUCUCAUGGUGACCGAGAUAUUAAUGCUUGAAGAUGACAAUUUCUCCGUAGCUGGCGAGGUGCUAAUAAUUGACAUGAAAGAUGUAGGUAUAAGUGUUUUAAGUCAAUGGACUCCAGCGUUAGCCAAGAAAGUCAUCUCGUCGUUUGAGAAGGGUCUGCCGAUUCGAGUGAAGGGGGCUCAUAUUUUAAACACGCCUGUAGGAUUCGAAACUGCCUUCAAAAUUUUCAAAGCAUUUUUAACGGACAAAUUAAAGAAAAGGAUUCGUGUUCACAAUCAAAAUUAUCCGGCCAUGUAUAAAACAAUACCAAAGUCUAUCCUUCCUGUGGAAUAUGGCGGCACUGAUGGCUCCUUGCAAGAAUUAACAGAUCACUGGAAAGCUAAAGUAGAGAGUUACCGCGACUGGUUCUUGAAACAAGAGGAGGCACGCUCGGAGGAGUCCGAGAGGCCUGGCUGUCCAAAGAACUCCUCCAACUUAUUCGGAGUAGAAGGAUCCUUCAGACGCUUAGAAGUUGAUUAG